UUCACAGCUACCUAAAUUGUCCUUCGACUCUGUAUGUUUCGACUGUGGUUGUUUUACUUAGACACAGGUUUCCUUAUUAAAGUCUUAACUCGUUUCUUUUCCUGUGGGGAAACACGGUGAUUAUUCAGGAUUAGAAACGCGCACAGUUCGGAUCAUUAUGUUUAAAAUGAUUCCGGAGCUGAACAAUGCAUCGGUGCGUAUGAGAGACCGAGGACAAGUGGAAACCAUCAUCAGCAACAUGCAGAGAGCAGGAGCUUCUACACUACAGGUGAUCUCUGACUUUGACAUGACACUCACCAGAUUUGCUCAUAAAGGGAAACGCUGCCCUACAACACACAAUAUUCUUCACAACACCACUCUGAUUAGUGAGGAGUGUAAAGCAAAGAUGUCAGAUUUGGUGGCUUACUAUUAUCCCAUUGAGAUCGACAGCUUGAAGUCCGUGGAGGAGAAAAUUCCUCACAUGGAGGAGUGGUGGACGCAAGCUCACGCUUUGCUCAUCAAGCAGCGAAUUAGGAAAGACCAGCUGGCUCAGGCGGUUAGAGCUUCAGGCGCCAUGUUGAGAGAAGGCUACAGCUCUUUCUUUGACAUGCUGAAGGAGAACUCUGUCCCUCUGCUGAUCUUCUCGGCUGGAGUCGGAGAUAUUUUAGAGGAAGUGAUAAUCGGACAUGGUGUUUUCUCCUCAAACGUGCGUGUCUUCUCCAACUACAUGGACUACGACAAAGACGGUUUUGCAUGUGCAUUUAAGGGCGAGUUGAUCCACACUUUUAAUAAAAGAGAGGGAGCUCUACAGAACAUACACCAGUUUGUACAUGAUCGCACCAAUGUGCUGCUGCUGGGAGACUCAUUGGGAGACCUGGACAUGGCCGACGGCGUGCAGGACCUUAAAAACAUCCUGCGCAUCGGCUACCUCAAUGACAAGGUUGAGGAAAGAAGAGAGGCAUAUGUCAGCUCUUAUGACAUUGUGCUGGAGGAAGACGAGACGCUGGACGUCCCAAACGCAAUUCUCAACUACAUCACAGCAGGAGAAGGCAGUCAGAAACAUGAGGAGACACGUGUUGAGACGCCUCACUGUCAGAAACGUCACCUGCCCAAGGAGACACGUCUUCAGACGCCUCACUGUCAGAAACAUUACCUGCCCGAGGAGACACGUGUUGAAACGCCUCACUGUCAGAAACGUCAGAAAUGUUCCUCAGCUAAAGGGACACCAGCAUCCCAGCCGCUGGCCAAACAGGAAUAAGCUAAAGGUCGAAGGUCAGCAGGACAAACAGACUGAUAUUUCAGUUCGUCGGCUGUGAUUCGUCCAUCUCCGUUCCUGUCCUGGUUUUUGAACAUGUCUCUGAUGAUGCUUUCUGGAUCCCGGGCCGGUUUGAGACGACCUUUACCCUCUGCCACUUGGCGUUUUAUGAACUCUGAGAACUGUAGAGAAAAAAGAGAUGACAAUAGAGACUUUAAAUGUGGUGAUAUUCAGGACUUCAAUUUUCAAGCACACAGUCAAUUUGGAAGUUAAAGUCUGAACAGAAACAUGUUAAUAUCACUAACACAAGAUGCAGAGUUAGAGGGGAUGCUUCCGAUUAUGCUUAAUAGUGUGACAUGUUUAGUUAAUGUGAUGGUCACAUCAUAGCACCUAGGCAUGCCUCCUAAAUACUCUGCAGCCAUGCAACUGGCCACACCCCUUAGCAGCACAUAGCCCCGCACCCUAAAUUCUCUUUUAACGAUUUGAAAAUAUCAGUGUAUGGACUAGCUUUAGAGAGUAUUAUAUAGAACAGAGAAUUUCUGUGUGCGUGUCACCUCCUCCUGUGGAACCUCAUUGUCCUGAUUUAAGUCCAUAGCCUCGAAAAUCUCCUUGGGCGUCUCGUCCAGCCAAACAAACAGGUAACCUUCAGGAACACCUUUCUGCAUGGAGAUGAGCUCGACCUCAAACCGCAGCACAGCACUGCCUGGAACACUCCCAGCUGAGGCAGGGAGAGAGGGAGGUUGAUAUAUUGAUAAGAAUGGUGUGUUUAUCAGAGAUAUCGUCUCAUUACGACUGUGACGAUACAUCAGUGUCUCAGUGAAAUGUGAUCAUUACUAAAUAAAGAACUCAUAAAUCUCAUUA